AUGGACGAAAAAGCUCCAGUGCGACAGGACAACUUGAUCCACUCACUUCGAACCAAAAUAUGGUUGACAGCGGUAAAAAUCAACAGUGACUAUUGGAAAAAAGUGAAAAAAGACGAUUUGCUCGGGCCAACUGUUUAUGUUAAUCUGUUGGACAGAAUCGUUGCCUACGAUCAAUUCUCUGAUGAACGAAAGCUGGAACUGCUUCCGAAUGUGGAUGAGAUAAUUGAAUGUCUGUUGGAUUUGGGUAGCAACAAAGUUUUUGCUGUAAUGCUUCGAGCUGCGGAAGAAACAGCUCGAAGAACUAUUGUUAACGCGGGCAAGAUUGUGUCUGCGGAUUAA